AUGGUCAGCAUGUUGAGAGGUGAAUGUGUCCAAGUGGACGACGACUCCUUCGAGGAUCUCGGCCAGUCGCCUCCAGGAGAGCUUCCAUCAAUUCCGUCAGGAGCGAAAUGCGGUAGUUGUGGCUGUGAUCGCAUUAAUAAACUGUACGAAAUGGACGAUGAGUGGUUGUGCCGGCAAUGCGUGUACCAAUCGGCGAUUCAUCAAAUUCGUGUGGACUGUACACCGAUCAACCUUCCGUACACGGCUGUGAAGCUGAUCAAACAAGCCAUGGGCAAUGUAGACCUUCGUGAAUGUCCCGGCUGUGAGCAAACAGUCGAGAUCAUCAGACCUUAA